AUGGGGUCGCCUCGACCACUCACUGUCCUAUUCCUUGUGGUCUUCUUCUUCUCAUCGCAAGCACUAGCCGCCGAUAUAAGACGCCGUGAAAAGCGGCACUGGGUGGACAUCUGGGCAACGAUGCCGCAGCUCACUGAGCCGGCCAACCUGCCACCAGCUCCAUAUAAUCAAACAGGCGUUGUGUUCGCAGACGCCACCCUCCGGCAGACAAUCCAAGUGUCUCUCUCUGCCUCAAUCCUCCGCCUCCAAAUCUCCAACGUCUUCGGCAUCUCCGACCUACCCAUCACGGCGGCCACGCUGGCCCUUCCCCUCAAUGGCUCAGCGGGAACUUCAGCCAUCGAAUACCACACGCUCAAGCCGCUGACAUUUUCGAGAAGCCCAAAUUACACCAUCCCCUCCGGCGCCCUCGUAGUCUCAGACCCAAUUGACUUCCCCGUAAAGUCACAAUCCAUCCUAACCAUCUCACUGUAUUUAGCCGAAGGCCAGACAACAAACUCCAUAACCUCGCACCCCGGAAGCCGGACGACGUCGUAUUUCGCGCCGGGAAACCAAGUCAAUGCCCCCGAACUAGGAGAUACCGAGGGAGUCCUAUCAGCAGAUCAUUGGUACUUCAUCUCCACGCUCCAAUCCUACCUCCCAUCCACCAAUCCAUCAACCUCUUCCCUCGCCAUAAUAGGCGACAGCAUCACCGACGGCCGCGGCAGCACCACCAACGGCAACAACCGCUGGUCCGACGUCCUGCUUUCCCGUCUCCAGAAAAACCCCGGCACCCAGGGCAUCACCGUCCUUAACCUCGCCGCCGGCGGGAACAGGGUCCUUUAUGACGGCCUCGGCCCCAACGCCCUGUCCCGCCUCGACCGAGACGUGCUCUCCCACCCUAACAUAGGCUACGUCCUCAUUUACGAAGGCGUGAACGACAUCGGCACCGCCUCCGUCGACGUUGCCGCACAACACAACGUAGGUACCCGGUUAAUUGCUGCGUACGACCAAAUGAUCACGCGGCUGCACAGCAGCGGGAUCCCCGUGUUUGGGGCGACAAUCACGCCGUUCAGUGGCCCUGGGCAGACUUAUACGGAUCCCGAGAGGGAGAGGACGCGGCAACGUGUGAAUGGAUGGAUACGCAGGAACGGACGGUUUGAUGGGGUGGUUGAUUUCGAUGCGGUGGUGAGGAAUAAGACGCAGGUCGAUCAGUUGAUGGAGGUGUAUAACAGUGGUGACUACUUGCAUUUGAAUCCCGAGGGGUAUCGAGCAAUGGGUGAUGCGGUGGACCUGGCGCUGUUUGAGAGGUUUGCGGAUGGGGUUGAUGAGAUAUUGUGA